CUAUCACAGCACACAGCUCGCAGUAGAUUCAUCAUGGGCUACAAGAGUCUGUGCUUUGGAUUCUCUUGUAUUUUAUUUGCUUAUUUUCUUUAUUCACCCAUUCCAGAGAAUAUUGAAGAGCCCUGGAAAGUGAGAUAUUUGGAUGCAACAGUAAAAGUGGUUUCAUAUAUGGCCACAUUAUUUGAAAACAUAGGUCUCAUGAAAUAUGAAAAAUUAUUUUCAACUUCAUCAGUAUUUUACAUUACACAAGCAGUUUCAGAUGAAAACGUUACAGUGAUUGACACAUACUUCAGUAACAUCCCUGUUCGUCUGUACGUGCCAAAGAGGAAGCCUGAAAGAAAGAGACCAGCUGUGAUUUACAUUCAUGGUGGUAUGUUUCUCUUCGGAAGUUGCAAAAUAAAAGCUUAUGACAACAUGAACAGGCUCACGUCGAACAAGCUUGGUGCUGUUGUUUUAGGAAUCAACUACAGACUUGCUCCUAAGUAUCCAUUCCCAGCUGCCCUCGAUGAUUGUGUUUCUGUGACCAAGUUCUUUCUCCAGGAUAAAGUUCUUGCCAAAUACAGAGUGGAUCCCACACGCAUCUGCAUUAUGGGAGACAGUUCUGGGGGUACCUUGGCAGCAACAGUGACUCAACUGCUACGGAAUGAUCCAGAAUUCAGAAAUAGAAUUAAGGCACAAGCCUUGAUAUACCCUGGCCUACAGAUGAUUGACACCUUUCUGCCAUCUCACCGAGAGUAUGCACAUGGUCCAAUCCUGAUCAGGGAGGUGAUGCUCAAGUUGCUGUCGCUAUAUGUGGCUAACGACUCAUCACUGAUCCAGGCCUCACUUAGAAAUGAGCACAUGCCCGAAGAAUCAAGGCACCUGUUCAAGUUUGUUAACUGGAGUGACUUUCUUCCUGAGAAGUAUAAAAAGAACCAUGUUUACACUGCACCAGUUCUUGGAAAAUUGAAUGCUUCCUAUCCAGCACUUGUGGACAGCAGACUGUUUCCUUUGCUAGUCAAUGACUCCCAGUUACAGAAUUUGCCAUUAACAUACAUUGUCACUUGUGAACAUGACCUAUUGAGAGAUGAUGGUCUCAUUUACAUCACUCGGCUUAGAAAUGUUGGAGUUCAAGUUAUUCAUGACCACAUAGAGGAAGGAGUACAUGGAGCCAUAUCAUUCACUACGGGAUCAGUGGUUUUACAACUAGGAUUCAAAAUAAGAAGUAGGUAUAUUCGUUGGUUAGAGGAAAACCUAUAAAUUAGAGAUACAUAAAUUAGAGGUAGCUAUGAAGUGAUUUAGUUAGAAAAAUACUCUGAUAGCUAUAUUUGAACUACUGUAUGAUGAAUGGGUAAAAAAUAAUCUGAGUUUUGGGUAACACUAUAUUUCAGUUUGAAUAAAGAGUACUGAAUGUUUGACUAAGGAUGCCGAACAUUUCUUUAGGUGCUUCUCGGCCAUUUGAGUUUCCUCAGUUGAGAAUUCUGUUUAGCUCUGUUCCUAAAGUUUGUGAAAUGGAAGCUAAGCAUGUGUUGUGAAUUUAGUUGGAAAUCUGAUCCUCAUCUCCAAACAUAUUUUUCUGCAGCUUGAUUUUUUUUUUGUUCAUCUCAACUACGAUUAGCUCAUUGAUUUCUUAGACUUCACUAUAUGAGCCUUUUCCCUGACCUUCAGACACUAAGCUAUUGCAAGAACAUCAGGAAAGGUUAACUACAAGGUUUCUUUGAUGUCAUUGAACCUAUAACAUCUUAAGUAACAUCAAUCUGCUUGUUGCAUUUGUAAAAGAAAAAGAAUGCUGCUAAUCAUAGCAAACUAGACAUGAUGAAAAUUGCUUCUUUCCAUUAAGUAUGAAUCACAGGUUGAGAAAGAAUUAGAAGGAUAUAGGUUGCCAUGGAAAGUGUCAUGGUUUCCCUCAGAUGACAGUUUAUUUUUUGAGAAGACAUAACCAAAAUAGGAGAGGGAAGGACCUAGGGACCUGAUAAAGUACCCAAUCUAGAGACUGCUUAGCAAAAUCCAGCUUAAAUCCCUCAAUCCUGAUAAAAAGCUCCUAAAAAUAAAGAUGUUGCUUUGUUUUCUCUGUGA